AUGUUGGAAGGCUUGCGGCAUCGGUUGGGUACGAAGAGCGUGUACGCGUCGACAGGUGAGCAUCCGAAUACGAACUACACGCCGAGCUUUCAGGGCCCGCUCGACUACAUCUGGUACUCGACGGCCAACCUGUCUGUCAACGCUGUUGUCGGCGAGGUGGACAAUUCGUACUUGGAGAAGGUCGUUGGGUUCCCGAACGCGCACUUCCCGUCAGAUUGUGACCACCUGUGCAUUGUCUCUGAGUUCUGCGUGCGUCCUCCGAAAGAGCCACAAACUGCUCGUCCUCCGCCUGUGUUCCCGGAGUCGUCAAGAGCACAUGCAUAGAGGGUAUCAUGGCAUCGCCACAUACCCCCCUCCGCACACCCCCCGCCUACAGUGAGUUGCUUACACGCAUGAUACCUCGCCCACCCACUUGCCCUCACGAUUGCACGGACGCCCGCGCGAUCGUCC